AUGAAGGGGGAGUAUGAAGAAAAGGCUGGAGAUUCAAACUCAAAGUUGGUUUGCAAGCUACAGAAGUCCUUAUAUAGAAUACGGCAAGCAUCUAGACAAUGGAAUCUCAAGUUCACAGAAUGCUUAUUACAAAAUGGUUUUUCUCAUACUAAAAUUCUAAUAUAUCAAUUAAAAGCAAUCCUAAGUACUGCCUUGAAGCUCAAGGAUUUAGACAACUUGCAGUACUUUCUUGGUUUGGAAAUAACAAGGUCAACUAAGGGAAUUGUUCUUGCACAGAGAAAGUUAAUGUUAGAAAUGUUGGAGGAGUAUGAAAUGCUUGGAGCAAAGCCAAGUUCAAUACCCAUGGAAGUCAAUGUCAAGCUAGUACACACUGAAGAUAAUCUUCUGAAUGAUCCUGGAAUUUACGGACAAAUUGUUAGAAAGCUAAUGUAUGUUACCUUGACUAGACCUGACAUAACAUACAGUGUUCAUGUUCUAUCCCAAUUUAUGGAUAAACCAACUCAGAUUCAUAUAGAAGCAGCUUACAAAGAGCUCAAGUACUUGAAAGGAACUCUAGGGCAAGGGUUGUUUAUGUCUGCAAAUUCUAACAUGAAAAUCACAGCUUAUUCAGAUAGUGACUGGGCAGAUUGUCAAGAAACUAGGAGGUGA